AUGGUUCCGCCCAACCGGCGGCCGUCGAACCCGACGGCGCCGCCGCUAGCCACGCCCAACUCGUCCAGCCUGCACCGCACGCUGCAGGCGCCGCCGCCGCCGCCGCCCGGCCUCAAGCCCAGCGCGUCGGCCGGCCAGCUGCCCAGCAGGAGCGUGCCCAGCAGUCCGCAGCCCGGCCAGCGGGUCGCCCUCAAGCCGAGCCACUCGUCGUCGACGCUGCGCCGGGAAGCGCCGCAGGCGCCGCCGGCCGCCGGCCGGUCCUACCUGGUGUCCAACGGCACGGCGACGGUGGGGCGCAAGUUUACCGCGCCCGCCGUGCGGCCGGCGCUCAACCCGAGGCCGGCGGUGGCGCCGCUGCGGCCGCCCGCCAUCAAGCCGCCGCCGCCGCCCAAGUCGCCGUCCGUGCAGGGCCUGGGCAGCGGGCCGCCCAGCCUGUGCGGCAGGGCGGACAGGUGA